UUCACAGUAUGCAAUGGCUUCCGACUCGUCACGUCGCCUCGUCAUCCUGCUGCAGUUCAUUCUGUUCUGCGGAAGCGCUCUCGCCUGUCCCCAGUAUUGUGUAUGCAACGGUAAACAGGUGCACUGCGAUGAUAGUACUCGAACAACCAUUCCAACUAGUCUACCCAGCGGUGCAAAAGAGCUAUUCAUGUACGGUACCCCGUUGGGCUCCGUGUCUGGAGAGAGAUUUCCUCCUACGCUAGCAGUGUCCACGGAUCAUUGUAAUAUCACCAUGGUGACGCGUGAUGCUUUCAGUGCCACUCCAGACUUAACCGCACUAUCCUUGAGACACAACUAUUGGCUGAAAUCCCUGCCAUCCGACCUGCUGGCAGACUUGCCUAAAUUGACUUUUUUAUCACUCCACAGCAACACCCAACUUCAGAUACCUAUAGGACUGGUGGACAGUGUCCCUCUUCUGAAUUUGCUUUCAUUAGACAACACAGCAAUGUGCUCAAUCGAUACUGCCUUCUUGUCCAAGCUUCCAAACCUUGCUACAUUGGGAUUGGCAUCAACCCGUCUUAAAACGCUGCCCUCGAACCUUUUCAGAGCGAACACGAAGCUGUCAGCAAUAUAUAUCAUGGGUACUCCCUUCACCCUUGACUUGGCAAGCUCAUGCUCUCUAGGCGUGGCAAGGGCAAGGAUUGCAGGAGGAACAUUCAGUGCUGAUCCGCUCGCCGCAACAUUUGCUCAGAAAUUGGUGGGUUACUGUAGCGGUAACUCGAAAUUUCAAUGCUUCUCCAACAAAGGCAAAACAGGCUACUUCUGCCAAUGCCCAGCGGGGUUUGUUUAUAAUGGAAACACAUGUGUCAGCACAAAAGUGUGUAAUCCUGAAAUACGCACCGCAGCAUGCAACAAGUACCCAGUGUGCCAGUUUAAUCAACAGCCCAGUGUGUACGAGUGCGGCUGCAGAACGGGACUCAAACUAGGCAGCCAUCUUUGUGAACUGGCGGACGAAUGUUCGGAGGGAACGCACGCAUGUCACGUGAAUGCCAUCUGCCAGAACACUAAUGCCAACUACACAUGUAUCUGCAACACAGGCUUUAUGGGUGAUGGAUUCUUUUGCGUUGUCGAUGGGUGCAGAGCUACAGUAUAUCCUUGUGGUGCCAACAGCAAUUGCGUUAGCACAAUUGGUGGCACAGUCUGUGUAUGCAAGACUGGUUACAUUGCACCAUCCAUAUCAGGUGCUCGUUCGGGCUGUAUGGAUUUUGACGAGUGUAAAUCAAUGUCAGUGUCCUGUCCCAGCAACACGAAAUGCGUGAACACAUUGGGUAGUUACUAUUGCGAUUGCAAAGCAGGCUUCAACGCGACCUCAUGGCCUUACACAGGGUGUUUGGAUGUGAACGAGUGCAGCUCAUCUCCACUGAGGUGUGGCAUUAACAGCGAAUGUGUCAACUCUAUUGGAAGCUACCACUGUGUCUGCAAGUCUGGAUUCAACGCAUCAACAUGCUCACGCACACCUGGCUCCGAUCUGAUUUGUGAGGAUGUUGACGAGUGUGGCGCAAUGACCGCUACUUGUGCUAACAACAGUGGAUGCAUCAACUCAGUUGGCAGCUACUCGUGCAAGUGCAAUGCUGGUUUCAAGGCAUCAAACACAUCAUCAGUAGCAGGAGAGCAAGGCUGUGUCAAUGUUAAUGAAUGCUAUUCUCAGCCCUGUAACCACGGCUAUAAAUGUAUGGACACAAUUGGAUCCUUUUCGUGUGUGUGCAACGGUGAAGACGAGAUGAGCAAUGGAACACACUGCUUCGGAUUACCUUCCAACACAGGACAGUCGGAUGCGACGACUGACACUCCCAUCUCUGUUGCCAUUGUUGCAGUACAUGCGUGCCUAGGGGUGGUGUUCAUCGUGGCAUGCAUACUGGGCGUGCUUCUGUGCAAGUCUCGACGGGCGACGGAACACACCUUUCUGACAGCAUCCCUGACGUCUACCCAACCCCUUGAUGCAUGCUCAAGUCAUGAGAUAUACUCAAAUCGGAUCGUGACCGGCCACUGUGAAGCCAGUCCUUGCGUUGCGGCGCCACCAGCCACGACCGAGCUUCCAAUGGCCCCGAUCUCUUCCUCGUCCCGCGAUUGUCCGGAGGAGAUGGGCAACAUGGUCGACAAUGAUGCCUAUGGUGUUACGGAGGUGCUGAACAUGCCGACUCACUACCUUCCUGAUCAGGAGCAGGGCAGUGAGGAUCUGGCUGUGGAUUUAGUCUAUGCAAACGUGUAGUGGACCCUAUGCCAUUGAACGAUGGUCCCGAUUUGUAGGUUAUUCGGAUAUUAAACACAUGACUCCUCGUCACUUUCAAAACACUGAUAGGGUAGAAUAGAACAGGACACAGCGUGACAAAAACAAAACCAAUGCACCUCAAAAUACUUCAUAGCUUCCGGGACGUUCCCUUGCCUCUCGCUGUCAAUGCCCAUGACACCAGAUCUGUUUAUUUUUUUCCAUGGUAUCUUCUUAACAUGUAGAUUCAAACAGGGUCAUUCCUCUUAUUCUUCUCUCUCUCUCUCUCUGUCUCUCUGUGUCUCUCUCUCUCUCUCUCUCUCUCUCUCUCUCUGUCUCUCUCUCUUCCUUUUCGCAGGCACGCACUGUAGCCAAUAUAAACUGGUGAUCAAUUGCGGCUCUCGUCCGAUUAAGCAAUUGACUGAUAAUGUUGUUUAUGACUGGUGAUGUCUUUUGUAAAUUGUGUAAGGAAUUUUUUUAUUUCAUGCCGUAGAAUUUCUCAGUACUCCUUGUAAGUUUUGCGCUAGAUUGUGCACGUCUGAUUGUUCAAAAUCUGGUUUACUAGUAGUUGGUGGACUCGAUCGCAUAACUUGUGCCCGCAAUUUCCAUGUUACAAUUUUUUUUAUCACACCAGCAGAAACAUUCCAUGUACCUGUUAGAUAAUUCCCAGCCUACCUUUUGACAUGAUGAGCAGUACCCUUU